AACCUUGACAUCUCUCUCUCUCUCUCUCUCUCUCUAAUUCUCUCUCUCUCUAUUUUUAUAAUUCUUCCCUUUGGAUUUAUGGCCAAAGGAAGUGGACUCUCCAUUGAUUCGGAUCCAAUCGGGUUAUUUAUCCACAAGCCAACAGUACUCAACUCCUUUCAGCAAGAUCAGGACUACAACAACAACCAUCACAAUAUCAAGAAGGAAUACGGCCAAUUACAUCCUAAUUAUCCCAUGGACAGCACAAUUCAGAGGUCUCCUCCACCAACUACUAUUCAGUUCCCAGUCAACCUUAACUGCACCACUUCCCCGGCACCGUCAGAUCGUGAUCAGAAACGAAAGGUCAUCGACGAGAUGGACUUCUUUCGCGAUAACCGAUCUUCUAGUAUGGCCACCUCCGAUGAUCACAAGGACUUAAAUAUAAAUCGGAUGGAUCAGAUUGAUGAGUUGAAAGUAAACACGGGUUUAAAUCUUCUCACUGCAAAUACAAGUAGUGAUCAAUCUAUGGUGCUAGACGAUAGCGUAUCAACCGAUCACGGAGAAGAGAAAAAAGCCAAAAGCGAGCUUGCGGUUCUUCAAGCCGAGUUCAAACGAAUGAAAUCGGAGAACCAGCGUUUGAAACAGGCGCUAAACCAGGUCACCGGCAACUACAAUGCUCUGCAGAUGCAUAUAUUCAGCUUGAUGAAAACUCAAAAGCAGGAUAAGAAGAUUAACUCAAUAUCAGAAGUGGAAUUAGCUGCGAGAGAAGUUGUUCCUUGGCAGUUUAUGGAUCUCGGUCUUGCCUCUAACAACAACGGCCGCGGCAACGGCGACGAGCCCUCGUCUACUUCUUCCGAAGAACGACGAUCAGGAUCGGCCGGAAACAACAACGGAAAGACGCGAGAAGAUAGCCCGGCUGAUCAUGAUCAUCAAUCAUCCCAAGGUUGGGGUUAUCAGAAGAAGGUCCCUAGAACGGCGUCGUCCGAUCAGUCAGCCGCAAAAGAUAAUGAUCAAACUGAGGCUACCAUGAGGAAGGCGCGAGUUUCGGUUAGAGCACGAUCGGAGGCCCCUAUGAUCGCUGAUGGAUGUCAAUGGAGGAAAUAUGGACAAAAAAUGGCGAAGGGAAAUCCAUGUCCUCGAGCUUAUUAUCGCUGCACCAUGGCCGCUGGUUGCCCGGUUCGAAAACAAGUACAAAGAUGUGCAGAAGAACAAACAAUCCUAGUAACGACAUACGAAGGCAACCACAACCACCCAUUGCCACCGCCGGCAAUGGCGAUGGCGUCGACAACCUCUUCCGCAGCCCGAAUGCUGCUCUCGGGCUCGAUUUCUAGCGCCGACGGCGUAAUGAACCCAAACUUCAUGGCCAGAACCAUGCUUCCUUGCUCCUCAAGCAUGGCCACAAUCUCAGCCUCAGCCCCAUUCCCCACUGUUACAUUGGACCUGACGCAGUCCCCAAACCCUCUGCACCUCCAAAAGCCGCCGCAAAUGUCCCCGUUCCACGUCUCAUUGCCUUCGAACCGGCCGUCUCAGGGAUUAUUGCCUCAGAUUUUUGGUCAGGCUCAGGCGCUUUAUAACAACCAGUCCGAAUUCUCCGGCCUUCAAGUGUCCAGAGCUGGCCAAGACAACAUGGCUGUCGUUACGGGAGGGCAUAACGGGCACCAAGUACAAAUGCCGCAGCACGGCUCCUUCACUGACAGCGUCACCGCUGCCAUUGCGGCCGAUCCCAACUUCACCGCGGCUCUAGCCGCUGCUAUCUCCUCCAUCAUAAGUGGGGCUCAUCCGAGUAACAUGAGCAACAAUGUAGCCAAUCUCACCACAAAUAGUAAUAAUAACAAUAAUAGUAUUAACGGCAACAAUAAUGAAUCAAAUGGCAAUGCUACCACUACUAGCAACAGCAACUAGGUCAUGGCAAGGAGACCAACGGCGAUACCUUCUAGUUCCUUGUUUUUCAUCUAUAGUAAUUGUUGGAAUUUUUUUUCCUUAUAAAUAGAUUUUUUCCUUCUUUGGUAUAAAAGAAAUGUACAAUAUAUAGCUAUUUUUUUAUAAUUCUCCAUUUCUGUAGCAAGAAAUGGAACAAAAUAACUGAUCUUGGUGCGUAUUCUUUCUUCAAUAAUUGGGGGAAAUUAACAAUGGAAAAGAAAGAAGAAGGAGAAACGAUAUUUACCAAUGCAAAUAGGAUAAGUUUUUGAGUUUUUUAUACAGAAAUCAAAA